UCCCCGAAGCCAGCCAUGUCCACAGUGCAAGCAGCAGGGCUACCCACUCACCACCCCAGGGUCUACAGCAUCCACAGUCGAAAUGUCACCCGGUACCCUGCUAAUUCCAUCGUUGUCGUCGGCGGCUGCCCAGUGUGCAGAGUCGGGGUCCUGGAGGACUCCUUCACCUUCCUGGGCAUCUUCUUGGCCAUCAUCUUGUUCCCCUUUGGGUUCAUCUGCUGUUUCGCCUUGAGGAAGCGAAGAUGCCCUAACUGUGGAGCAACCUUUACCUAAAGGGAACAGCACACCUGGCUUUCCUGCACCCAGCUGGCUUUCUCUGAUGUAAAUGUCGUGUACAGGAGCUUUAUUUGAUUCCGCUUCAGGACUGUUUUGUAAAGGGAGGUGGGACAGACUCGGCACGUGCAGGCCGGGUCCCGGGCACGGGGGUCACAGAGUAUGGACACGCAGCAACACUGCUCCCGGGGUUUAACGACAACUCAAUAAAGCACUGCUUUUAUUUUUUGCAGUCUUCAAUUUGAGAAAGGUGAGAAAAGGUGAGAAAUACUGUUUUAAAUAAAUGAAAUUCAUACCAUU